UAAAUAGUAAAAUAAAUAAAUUAAUUAAUUAAUAAUAAUAACUAAGUAAUAAAUAGUAUCUAUCAAACUCUAUUAUCAUUUAAUUUAAUGUAGGGUAAAAAUAAUUACAGAAAAAAUACAGCUCCUUAGUAUCCAGAUGAUGAGAAGGGAGCUUACUACAGGUCUUCUGACUAAAACUCUGACCAUCCUCUCUCCAGGAUUAACUUUUGCAUGGAUUUUAUUGAAAAAACAUGCUUAAAGGGAGAUACUUGCAAAAAAAGACAUAUUUAUUAUGCUUAACUUCGUAAAGAAUUGAAAAGUAUAUAACCUCCAUACAAAAAGCAUCUUUGCUAACUUUAUGAGUAGUAGAAAAAGUGUCCUAAAUCAAAGUUCCUUUGCCUUUUUGCUCAUGGAGAAAGUGACAUAUGGAAUUCUAGGUUCCCAGAAACUAAGGCUGAAACUAUAAAUUCAACAGAAGUUGAUGAAAGAAAAAGGAAUUAAAAAAAAUAAGAGCCUUCAAGAUAAAAACCAGCCCCUUAGUAAUAAAAUGUGCAAGCACCGUUAAUAGGAAAUAAAUAAGAAGAUCUCAUUUAGCAGAUUAUAAAAAUGAAGUAAUAGUAAAUUUAAAAUAAUAAAAUUCAACCAGAUGAAGGUAAAAAGAAGAAAGAAAGUAAUGAAAAAAAACCUAAGAAUGAUAAAAAGAAAUUUAAAGAACAAAGUAUUGAACCUUAAAUUAAAGCUGUAACAAGUUCAAGGAACAAUAACAGGGAGAAAAGAAAUAUUUAACCAUAAUAAAAUGGUUUAAGAGUUCAAAACAAUUAAAGAAAUUAAGAAGUAAAUUAGAGUGCCAUCUAGAAGAGAAAUGGUUAAAGAACUAACAAAUAAGGUGUUAACCCUGAUGCCAUGACUGAUGAGCAAUUUGAUGAUUACCUCUUAUAGUUAAAGGAAGAAAUGCUUAUGAACGAGUAAGGAGAGGAUAAAGACGAUUACUCAGAUGAUAAUGAAGAUGAAGAAGAUUAAAAUGAAGGUUCAGAUGAAAUAGAUAACAACGACCAAGAUGUUUUUGAUGAUGAAAAGGAAGAAUUAAAGGACUGUGUUUAUGAUUCAAGUAGUAAUUCUGAUGAUAAAGAUAAUGAUCUUUUUAUAGAUCAUAAAAAUAAUUCUAAAAAAUAAGCUUAAAAGAAGUCUGCUUCUCCAAAAGAAGAAAAAGCAGAUAAGUCAAAUAAAAGCAAAAAUCAAAAGAAGUAAUCAAUUAAGAAAGAAGAAGAGGAGUAAGAAGAGGAAGAAAGCUGGGAAAGUGAGGAAGAUUAAGAUAAUGAAGAUGAUGACGAUGAUGAUGAAAAAGAAAAAAAGGAUUCAAACAAGGUUGCUUAGAAAUCAAAGAAUGGAAAAGAAAAUUAGAAGAACUAAAAAAAUUUGACAGACUUUAAAAAUAUUGAUUGGAAAAAUCUUGAUGAAAAUAAACUUACCAACUAGCAACUGAUGACUUUAUAUGCAACUAUUUUGUAAAACGAAAAUGAAGUAAACUCAUAAGACGAAGAAGAGAGCGACGAAAAUAAUCUUUCUAAAGAAUACAACUAAUUGGAUGAGCAAAAGCUAGAGGAAGAAAGAUAAAAGAGAAAGCAGGAAAGGGCUGAGCUAAGAAAGAAAAAGAAAGAAGAAAAAAAAUAGUAGAAGUAAUUGGAAAAAGAUAAAAAGACUGCAUACACCUAGAAACUACAAACAUAGAAAAACGACUCUCUUCCUGUUUAGUCUGCAUCAAACGGAGGCAAUACAAAUAAUUUCGCUUAAAAUAAAGACCAAUUCUUCUAAUUUGAUUAACUAGAAAUAUUUUGCUUCUGUUAUUUUAAUACUGAAUCUGAUUUGAAAAACUGGAAAGAAGCUCUUUUAGAUGUUUUUUAUGAAUUACAAAUACCCCGCAAUGCUUUGAUUAUUACAGAAGAAGAUAGAUGUGAAGGAGAAUUCGGUGUGCUAAUCAAAUUAAAAAGUUUAAGAGUUGUUUGUUUACAACUUUUGAGAAUAAAUCUUUAUAAAACUCAGAAAUUGAAAAUUCUUUUUAAGAUCGUUGCAAAUCCAGAUUCUCAAAUAUCAUUCUCUAAGCAAAUUAUAGCCACUAAAAAGCUAAAUGACUAUUCUUUUUAGGGUUAAGAUGGCUAAACAUAUAUUAUUUUUAACUCUACUAUUGAUCACUCUGAAUCUGAAAAUUUGGAGUUUAAAAACUAUGACUUUAGAAACUAUAAUGAAAAUACUCGUAAACUUGAAGAAGUAAUAACAGGUAUGCUAAAUAGAGAAGAGUUUGAAAAUGAAUAAUUCUACAAUAAAGAAUAAAUUAGUGGAAGAAUAUUCUUAGGAGUUAAAGAUGCAACUAGAUAGUUUGUAGGAAGCUGUACUACAAAUAACCAUCAUGAAUCCUUCUUCACUUUCUUAGCUAAGAGGUUGAGAGACUGUUAACCAGCUGUUAGAGCUAAUCUAUACUAAAGAGAAGAAUGCAGGCUAGUUAUUCCAGGAGAAAACGAAAAUGAAUUUUUCCCCAUCCUUGACUUGAAAAUCUUUAUAAUUAAUGUAAAUAAACCUGAAAAAAAUACCAUUUAUGCUACAUCAAGUGGUCUUUACUUCUAGAAAAUAGAAGAAGGAAACUGGCCAAUGAGCGCUUGUUCUUUAUAUGAAAAAAGACAGAAAAAUUAUAUGUCUGAAGAGAAAUUUAAAUUGGCAUUAAAAUAGUUAGACAGAAGAUAUUUCUAUGUUAUGGCUAAAAUGGCAAAUCAAAAUGCUUUAAUUCAAUCAGAUUUUAACAACAUAGACCAAUCUUAAUUUUGA